AUGAGCGCCGUGUGGCCCCACCCCGUUUCUCUUCACCGCUGUCUGUCUCCUCAAUGUAAGCUACUAUUCUCGGAGAGAGAGAAAGGGAGAAAAUAAUAACCUCCAAAAAUUGGUUAUUCCUGUCUUUCACCUUCCUCGACCAGCGGCAGGAGGGGAGCGGCCUUCGCGGUGGGAAUGUGCUGCUACAACAACCCCGCGUCCUAUUUUUUGUGAAUGUAAAUGCACAUGCAGUCUCAAGCCUGUAGCCUAUUUACCCAGCUCGGAUUUAAGAGGAAUAUAAAUGUUUGCAUGAGACAGUAUACAUACAGGCCUUAUGUAGGCUAAGAAAAACUGAGCCUGACAGCGGGGGUUGCUUUUUCACCUGCAAGAAACGUGGAUACAUUUCGAGGGAUUUUCACAUCUUGGUCACGUUUUCUUUUUCUUUUCUUAAAUCUUUAAAAAAAAUGUUUUUUUCUCUUGGAGGGAUUCAUCGGAGCCGAGCCGGGAAUUAAAAAAAAAGUAUCGGUGCGCAGUUUUGGAGGCUCGGUGGUGAUGUGAGGGGCUGAUAACACAUUUCAGCAACAAAAGCGAGGGGCAGGGAGAGAGAGAAGGCCUUUUGGAGGAGAAAACACACCGAGGAACAGCCAUCACAAAUAAGGAGGACAAAUCGGGGGGUAUUGGAUCGUUGUUGACUCGGAGGUGGUGGAGGAUCCAGCCGAAAAGACAACCGUAGUGAGUUUGGAGAUGUUUCGGGUUGAUUUGAUGCAGCGAGUGAAAAUGAGCCGGAUGACGACGGAAGCAAUGAAAAUAUCACACAUGUAGUUGGGGUGUAAAUAUUAUUUUCCUUCCUCCUGUCCUGUGGCACCCCCGACGAAGACAGCCGCCGAGGAGACAUAGCUAGAGACUGUAAGUGUUCACCUAUGGAAAUGUUUAACAUGAAAGGAGACGUGGAAACGAGCCGCGCCGCAGCACGGGCGAGGUUUUCGGACACGCCGAGUUCGGCUCCUUGUCACGGGCAGCAGUGAGACGCAAGACCCGGGCUUUUGGAGAUGCAAAUUAGGCUGUUAAUUCUGCCUCCGUUUGAGGUGAAACCCCGAUAUUUGGUGUCUUAACAGACGUUGUGGCUUACACUUGUUUGCGUUACACAGUUGACGGGGGGAGAGAGUGGGGAAAACAAAACAAAAACUAUACUGCAUGUGAAGGAGGAAAAGCCCGAGCAGGAUUCAGCAAACUGAGAAGGCGGCCUCGGUGUCGUCAGCAACAGUAUCCUGCCCUUUCUCUGACAGCAAAAUACGCGUUAUGGACACAUAAUUUCUACAGGGCUGCACCACGGACAGUUUUGGAGCAGGCCAGGGACGCUAAAUGGUGUAAAUGUGGGUGUCAUUGCUGCCAGAUCCGCAUGUCAAACGAGGGAUCUAGACUAGUUUAGUUUAUUUAUUUAUUUUCAGCCUACAUACCCCUCCACCUCCACUUAUUCCACCUCCUCCCCUGGACACCCUUUUUUUUUUCUUGCGGGAAGAUGGGUUGUUUGGGCAACAGUAGGACCGAAGACCAGAGAAAUGAGGAGAAGGCACAAAGAGAAGCAAACAAGAAGAUAGAGAAGCAACUCCAAAAAGACAAACAGAUAUACAGAGCAACUCACAGACUACUACUUUUAGGAGCUGGGGAGUCCGGAAAGAGCACAAUAGUGAAACAGAUGAGGAUCCUACAUGUCAAUGGCUUCAAUGCAGAAGAGAAGAAGCAGAAAAUCCAUGACAUCAAGAAUAAUAUUAAAGAGGCUAUUGAAACCAUAGUAACAGCUAUGAGCACCCUGGCACCGCCUGUGCAGUUGGCCUGCCCGCAGAACCAGUACCGAAUCGAAUACGUCCUAAACCUCGUCACCCAGAAGGACUUUGAGUUUACAUCUGAGUUUUACGAACAUGCGAAGACACUGUGGCAGGACGAGGGGGUCCGGGCGUGCUUCGAGAGAUCCAACGAGUAUCAGCUAAUCGACUGUGCACAAUACUUUCUAGACAAGAUUGAGAUUGUGAAACAGAAUGACUACACUCCGACAGAUCAGGAUUUGCUGCGGUGCAGAGUUCUGACAUCGGGCAUCUUUGAAACGAGAUUCCAAGUGGACAAAGUUAACUUUCAUAUGUUUGAUGUCGGCGGUCAAAGAGACGAGCGUCGGAAAUGGAUUCAGUGCUUUAACGAUGUAACGGCCAUCAUCUUCGUGGUGGCCAGUAGCAGUUACAACAUGGUGAUCAGAGAGGACAAUCAGACCAACCGUUUACAGGAGGCCCUCAACCUCUUCAAGAACAUCUGGAACAACAGGUGGCUGCGGACCAUUUCCGUCAUCUUGUUCCUAAAUAAACAGGACCUGCUAGCAGAGAAGGUGCUGGCAGGGAAGUCCAAAAUCGAUGAAUACUUUCCUGAAUUUGCUCGCUACACCACACCUGACGAUGCCACACCGGAGCCAGGAGAAGAUCCGCGUGUUACAAGGGCAAAGUACUUCAUAAGAGAUGAGUUCCUGAGGAUCAGCACAGCAAGCGGGGACGGGAGGCAUUACUGUUACCCGCACUUCACCUGCGCCGUUGACACAGAAAACAUCCGCCGUGUCUUCAACGACUGUCGAGACAUCAUCCAGCGGAUGCACCUGCGGCAGUACGAGCUGUUGUGAUGGGAGAAUCCAACACCUUGGACAAUGAAAAACCCUGAGUCUCAAAACUCCCCUCUUCCACAGAAGGGUGUGAGCUCUUGUAAAGGAAAGAGGGCCAAAACACACACGUAAACUUACACACAAAAAAAACCCUGAACCCAGAUCUUCCCCUGAUGCAAACUCUCACAUGCAGUAGAGAGCACUAUUUCCAUGCAAAGGUUUUAGGGGCUAACACAUAAACAGACUUUGAUCUCCACCUUCAGCCAUACUCGCAGAUCUAAACAAAAUAUAUCCCCACACAUGCUACACAUAACUUUCUAAAGAAGCCCCGAGUGGCCCCUCGACGGUGUUUCCUUCAGUAAGAAGGGUUUGAGCCGGUUGUGAGAUUUCCCUUAUGUUGAGGUUGGGGUACAAACUGAGCGACUACUUCAGUGCAACAGAUGACUGAUGAAUAACUGCAAAUAGAGGAUAAACCUGUCCCAACAGAUCAGCUGAACACUGCAUCUUACAAAAAAAAGCACUGUGCUCAGGGCUCAAAUCCUUCCUAUCAUUUACACACAUCCAUAAGUGCAACCACAGGAUCUGCUCGCACACAGAAACGUAUCACACCUGCUUUUUACUGGACUGCACAACCGGGUAGGAUCUGGAACCGUACUGGUCUGCGGACGAGGGGCAGGCUGAUUUAUCCGGCACAGUGCUUUGAGAUUAAACUGAGUGACGAGGAGCAGCGUCACCACAGACUAAACAAACCAGGGGUGUGUUGUGAUGGGGGGGGGUUCACAAAAAACAUGACACGGACUACGAUGUGAAUUUUUCUGAUGGAGUCACGACGACAGUUCCUCGCCUUCUCCACCGAACUGUUUUGCCACCUGACUUUGCCUUGUUGGUAGUGGAGCGACAUGUAAAGAGGAUACAUUGAGUUUAAAACUAAAAUAAAUAAAAAAAGACUUUAAUGGAGCUUAACUAACGGAGGGCGGAAAGCAUCCUUCUACAGUACAGUACCAUAUAAGUUAAAGAGAACUCAUCUUGUCAUGGUUGACCCUGUUUUACUGUCUCCACAGCUGUUUUUGUCUGUGUAGACCUUUGUGCCAUUGUGCCCUGUGCGCUCUCUUUCUUUAUCUUUACUCUCUCUGUCGUUCUCUCCUUUUUUCACCUGAUGAUUUCACAGCCUCUCAUUUUCUCCUUCACUCUCCUCCUUCAUCCUUCCCAUCUGCAUUUCUACCUUCCUGGCAGUGCACUUUUGUUUUGAAGAGAAAAUAAAAUAUAAUACUCCUGGAAUAUAAAAAAGAACAACAACAAACAGGACACUAAUUCUGUCUUUAUUUUAUUUACUUUCUUACUUUCUGUGCCAUUCCUCCAUCUUUCCUCUUCUCUCCUCCACCCUCCCCGACCUCUCUCUCCUUUGUAUGUCGUCUAUACAUUACUGCUGAACUAUUAUUCUUGUACAGACUGUAAAAUGUAUUAUUUUGUACAACUUUAUUGAAAAAAAAAAACUUUUAGAAGAUCCCUGUGCCUUGAUCACGACUGUACGUGUGUAAUGAGCUAAAGUGGGUGUCAUACUGCGCUGUAUAGCUUGGCCAAUCCCCUCCUAACUCCAAGCCUCCACUUCCUCCUCUUUCUAUCUCUGUCUCUCCCCCCCCCCCCCUCUCUAUUCUCUGUCCCCCCCCUCUCCCCCACCCUCCCUCCCUCUCUGUCCUCUCCCUCUCUCCCCACGAGGACUGAGGACAACCAUUCGUAGCUUUUGUAGUUUUAUUUCUCUCCUUUACCCUCCCAUUCUCUCUUUAUGAUUUAAAUGUCUAUUUUUGAAUCCAUAUACCCCAAAAAGAUAAAUAUAUGAAAUGUAUAUGGGUUUUAAAAAAAGUAUUUUAUUAGAAUCAAAUGAACCUUGACAAAUUGUACACUUGAUAGUGUGCAUAUUGCUAUAACUUAAAUCCUUUCAACUGAAGUUGUGUUCAGGUUUCUUUUGUUAUUUCAUUGACAUCGGCAAAGGACACUUUGAAGGGUUACAGAGGAGAGGACAAAACAUUGCUUGUUUCUACACAUCAUUUUCUUUUGCUUAAAAAAAAAUGACAAAAAAAGAAAUUGUCAGUUUAUUUUCGGAUGGGGGGGUCCUCCAUCCUUGCACAGCAGAGGCAGCCUGUACAGUAUUAGCAUCUCUCUCCUUUCAGUGCCCUAGUCUUCAUUUAAUGUGUACAUCAAAUAUGGGUCUCUACUUUCUGAACAGACGCUCCAAGAAAUAAAGUUUGUUUUUUCGGUGCAGACAGAAA